CCGACAAAUGAAAACUGAUGACAAAAAUAAUAUGCCCAAAGUGCGGAUUGCUGUUAUAGGAAAAUCCAACGUAGGAAAAUCAGCCUUAACUGUAAGAUACCUGACAAGAAGAUUUAUCGGAGAAUAUAGAAGUAACACAGAUCUCCUAUAUCGACAAACGUUAACUUUGAAUAAUUCAGCUUUGGAAGUAGAGAUUGUUGAUGUUUGCAGCUGUGACAUCCAAGCUUUUCCUGAGGAAGCCAUCUAUUGGGCUGACGCUAGUGUUGUCGUAUACGACAUCACUUGCAGAAAUUCUUUUACCCAAGCCAGCGAUAUGCUACAAAAAGUAUUACACUUGAGGAGCCAAAUGCCGACGAUACUUCUUGGAAAUAAAGCGGAUCUCGAGCAUUUACGACAGGUCGAGGAAAUGGAAGGCCGUACCUUGGCAAUCCAAAAUAAUUGUCAAUUUUUCGAAGUAUCGGUAGCAGAAAACUCCUCUAGUAUCUACACCGCAUUCGACACGAUCUUAAACGAAUGCCGUUCGGGGCAGACGUCUCAUAAAACAAGAAAAUUUUCGGUUUCCAAAAUGAUCGGUACUCUGAUAGGUACCGGUAACAACAAUAAAGUACCCAGUCCAAGUCAAGGAGGCACAGUGGUUGUAUGUCACAAAUCGGAUUUAUACAAAUCUAGAGUACUUAGAAGGAGACAGAAUUUUACCGCUACUGCUUCGCUUUGACUAACAGGAAAAGAAGAAUUAGAAUCUCGUUAACUUUUUUUCUUUGGAGCCAUCAAGACUUUUUUUGUAGACUUCUUAGUUUUAUAAGGAGCCGUGGAUAUUAUUGUAUAUACGCGUGAAUGACUUAUUGGAACUUUGUGAUAUGCACAUGAAAGGAAUGUGUUUUUUUUUUCGUUAUUUUUGACACUUUUUAGGGUGUCAUACAGCACAAAAUGUUGUGAAAAAUUUUCGAUUCCAGAAAAUGAGGAUUUUGACUGACACUUAACAAGUGGCACUGGAACUUUGGCGACAGUGGGCAGAAAUUAGUAUUAACCAUUUAUUUGAAAUAUCCCUCAUUUUCUGUUUAAUUUAACGGACAUGUAUGUACAUAAAAAUACCUUUAAGGUAUACAAGGGUAGCAUGUAACAGUAGCAAGCCCAAAAUCUCGAUAGAUGAUUAUUAAUUUUUAGCUCAGAUAAAAAAAAAAUCAGUUUUAUAGCAGAUUUUGAAUUGUCCAUUGGCAUAUUAUCAUUAAAACCGAUUUCAACGACAUAUUUGUAACUUUUACUGUCAUAAUCUGGAAACCUUAAUCAAAGUCAUCUCCGAGGGAAAGUUUUACUCAUGUAAUCGAUCGUUUCUUCAAAUUUUUUUUAACUCACAGUUAAUUUUGUCUACUACCCUGCCAUAUUCAAUGAUAUUUUCAUCAUUUUUUGUCAUUAUCUUGUUACCGAAUAAAUCUGAAUGGCUUUCGUACCGUUUUAAGAGAUUUACGAGGAUGGUUCCAAAAGUACCUGGUCCAACAAAGAAAACAACAAGAAUUUAUUUUUAUACAUAAUUUCCAUUUAACACCAUACACGUUUCCCAGCGAUGUUCAAUAAGUUCGAUAUCCUUUUAUAAUUAGAAUCGUCCAGCUCCUCAAAAUAGCCAUUAACUGCCAACAUCACCUUUUCUUUGACCACCGAGCCAUUUUUUCAAGUCUGUAACAGAAAAAAAACCGACGGGCCAAAUCUAGCUAAUAAGGUGCAUGAGGCAGCGAUUCAAAUUUUAAUUCAUUAAUUUUGGCCAUUGUAAUAACGAAUGUGUGAGCUGGAGCAUUAUCUGGACUUUCUUCUUAGCCAAAUGAGGCCGUUUUUUCUUAAUUUUUUUCCUUUUUCCAUCCGCCAUGACUUUGCCUGCGGAUGGAAUGGUCUUUGUCUUCUUUGGAGCCGGUUCUCCCUUUUCAAUCCAUUGUUUUGACUGUUCCUUUGUUUCCGUUGUGAAGUGAUGGACCUACGUUUCAUCCAAGGUUAUCAACUGGAGCAAAAAUUCGAUUCACCAAACACUCGAUGGAAACAUUUUCAAAACGCUGUUUUUGAUCAGUCUCACCCAGAGUAUCACAAAACGGUCACCAACUUUCUCCAUGUUUACAAAUUCACUAUUAAUGGCUGCCAAACAAAUACUAAACAACGUGGCGUCUUCAAACUUGAAACAUAUGUUGUAUACAUUGUGUACUUUCUAACACAGUGGUAUUUUUCAAACACCUAUCGCCAUCUCUAGGUUAGGACAGGUAUUUCUGGGAUCAUCUUUCUGCACUCAAUAUCUUGCUAACUUCAUUAGAGUUGAGUUCAUCGUUGAGGUCUAAUCUCUAUGUACCGAGCGAUUUUUUCAGGUUUUAGAAAAAAAAUAUCACUCGCUACUAAAUAUAGAGUAAAGAGCGAAUAAAGAACAAAUUUAUAAGCGAUUUCAUCUAAACUGCACUCUUGGAUUGUCUUCGUGCGAAAAAACUUUUUUGUUCCAAAUCCUCAUUGAAUUCACUUUAACAGUUAGCAUAGUAUCCAAAAAAUGGACUUUAUUGGGUAAAAAAACCCAAUUUGGACUCCUUUAAUUAUAUUUGCCCCAAGAAAACGAUUAUUUUGACUUAUGUUUGGUGUCUAGUAUAUUGUAAUUAAUCAACGUUUCGUCCACUAUUACGUUUUGUGGUAAAACAACGCCAAAAAAUCUUAUUCAUAGUACACGAUUAGGUUUGUGAUCGCAUGUUGUGGAAAGCUUUUCCAUAUUAAAGUGAACAUGCAAAAUUGAAAUUGAAAACUCUCUCUCUUCUUAUUCUCUUCAAUAUUCAAUUGGUAAACACCUAAAUACUGAAUUAUUUAAAGUGUAAAUACUCAAAUUAAACGCCUAGAACGUUCAGUAUCACAUUUAUUGAUCCGCCCUCGUAUAUUAGAAAGUUUUAUGACGUCUAAAUUUUCGGCAUUCUACUGUACAUAACCUCAAAAAACAUACAUUUUUGAUUGUAUUUAAUAAUUUAUGGAAUUUUAUUUGUUGACUACAACAUUUAGUUGGUUAACAAAAUUGGUAUUGUUAGAAUUUUUUUUCAAAUAAAAACUAGUUUAAGUAUAAUCAAUAUUUUUGCAAUAUUUUGAUCUCUUUGUAUUAUUUUUUUAAUUCAGAAUCCACUAAAGUGGAAUUUUUCUUAAUUUGUAUUGAAUUGAUGUAAUCUAGGAAAUAGUUUUGUUGUUAUAGCACCUACUUUCUGGUGCUACAUAUUUUCUUUCCACAGUAUGUUCAAAAAAUAAUUAAUUAAUAAUUCUGAUAUCAAUAAUUUGAAAAAAAAAUCGAUUAUGGAAGUUUAUAAUAACAGUUAGUUACUUUUUGAAUAUACUGUUUAUUAUUUUGAAGAUUUAACUACGAUUUUUUUCUCAUUAUAUUUUGUAUUCACGAAAACAAUAACUUAAAUACUGUUUUGGUCAAAGUUUCGUGUUUUAUUGGGUUGAAUCUUCAAGGAAAACAGUGAAGACGUCUAUUAGCAUAUAUUUUAAUCAAGCUAACACAUCAAUAUCGUCAUACUUUUACCGUUUCUCCAAUUCAUUAUCGAUUUUUUUUGUUUCAAUAUUUAUUAUUACUUUCAUUACAUUUUACAUUUUAACGAAUGAUUUAACUUUCUCUUUGGAGGUUAUAUAUGAAAAAUACUUGUGUGUGCUAAAGAAAAAGGCUGUGAUAUCAGAAUGUAUGUGUUUUUUGUAUUAUAAAAAUAUAUCAUAAGAGUAGAAAACAUAUUCAUGUUGAAAAAUAAAUUUAUAUUAUUUAUUUAAAAA